AUGAAUUCAAAUAAUGAUGAAAUGAGCAAUUUUCGUAAUGUUAGUAACAAUAAUAAUGAUAUGAAUAAUAAUAUAUUUGAUCCACAUAGGAAUAAUAAUGACAUUAAUAAUAUAAAUAAUGACUGCGUCAAAAAUAAUAAUAUGAAUUACAGCUCUCUUUCAAAUGAAAAUACGAUUGACGAUAAUGGAUAUGACAUAAACUAUUUUAAUGAUGACGAUAAUGAUAACAACAACUGUAAUCAUAACAAUGAUAGUAAUCAUAGCAUUGAUAAUAAUAACAAUACCAAUGAAAAAGGUAACAGUAUUGGCAGUGAUGGUAACAACAAAUGCCAUUGUGUAAGUCACAACUUAAAUGAUGGCAUCCAUUUUAACAGAAUAAAUAAUGCAAGUGAUAACUGCAGUUAUAAUGAUAAUAAUAAUAACAGUAAUACAAAUAGUAACACUAAUAGUAAUAGUAACAGUAAUCAAACAAGUAACAAUAUAUUUUUAAAUUGUGAAGAAGAAAACAUAACAAAAAGUAAUGUAAAGAAUGCAUUUUUUAAUAAUGUAGAUGAUGUAAGAAGCUUCGAAAGAGGUAUAUUAUAUUUAACAGAAGAUGAGUUAACUUAUAUAUCGAAUGCAAUGAAUUUAUUAGGAUUUCGAUUUUAUGAAAUAAACUGCGAAAAAUCGAAAUCCGAAAAAAGAAAUACGUUCACAGCCAUAUCGAAAAGACACCUAAAUGAAAUUAAAAAUUUACGUUGUUCUUUAUCAAAUAAUAUAUAUGAUGCAGGAAAGAGAAAGUCAAAGAAAUCUUUUGACAAAUUUUAUUCUAAAGAAGAAUGGAGUGCUAUUACUAAAGAAAAUAAUAAUGAUAAGCAAAAAGAGACCAAUAAAAAAAAAAUAAUAAACAAUAAUAAUGAAGAUGAAAAAUCAACUCUUCUUGUAAAAGGUGAUAGGAGAAACACUAUAAAUGAAAAAAAUAAUAACAAUGUUAGUAAUUCUACUCAUAGUACCCUUGACCUAAGAGGGAAUAAUAGACAGGGUAGUAGCAGUUCAUUAUUAGCUAACUCAAAAUAUCAUGAAAAUGAAAAAAUUCAACAAAAUAAAAGUAAUUUAACUAGAAAAGGUGGAAUUAGUAAAAAUGAAGUAGAUAAUAGUAAUAAUAAAAACAGUAAUAGUAAUGUUAACAAGAAUUCACAUGGUACUUUAACAAAUGCUGGAAAGGGGAAAAUGUCAAGAUAUAACAGUAGUAGUACUUGUAAUAAUAAUAAUAAUAAUAAUAAAAAAGGAGCACCCGGGGCAGGAGGUGGAAAGGAGAUGUUAAAAAAAAGACAAAGAAAUAGUAGUAACUUUCAUGAAGAUAGCACAGUUGAAGAAUAUGAACAACACAAAAGAACAUAUAAAAAAAGAGUUUAUAAAACAAGGAAUCUAUGGAAAAAUAAUUGUUUUAAGAUAUUACAUAAGUUAAAAAAAAAAGAAUAUUGUUGCUGGUUUUUAGAACCAGUAAACCCAGAAUUAGAUGGAAUACCAAAUUAUUUUAAUAUAAUAAAAAAUCCAAUGGAUUUUCAAACAAUCGAAAAUAAAUUAUUAAAUAAUAAAUAUAAUAAUCCUUUUGAAUGGCAACAGGAUGUUAGACAAAUUUUUUUUAAUGCUUUUACUUAUCACAAAGUCAAAAAUUGUGUUUGGAAUGAUGCCUAUAAAUUAGCUAAAGAAUUUGAUAGGUUAGUAAAACAAAAUUCCAAAAUGGAAAGUCUUCUUUCCGAGUUCACAAAAAACACGAAUUCUGUAUAUUUAGAUAUGAAUAAAUAUAAUGAAAUAUUAUCGAAUAAUUAUGAUUAUGAUGAUAACAUUAGUAGAAGCAGGAAUAGUAGUAGCAGUUAUAGUAGCAAUAGCAGUGAUAAUAUUAGUUCAGAUAAUAAUAAUAAUAAAAGGAAUAACACUACAAAUAGUAGAAGUAAUUAUCACCCUGCUAAAAGAAGGAAUAAUAAUAAUAUGGUCAAGACAGGAGCAGGUGGUGGUAGUGGAUUUAUGAAUAGUAAUGUGAAUACAUCUUCUAGCAAUAUUGUAUAUCCUAUACAUAAUAAAAAAGGAGAUAAAUUAUAUAAUACAAAUAAACAGACAUCAAAUGUUUCUUCGAAAAAUACUCAUGAAAAGUUUAUAAAUAAUAAAAAGGAUAAUUUCUCUAAUUUAAUUAAGAAUAAUAGUAAUAACAACAAUAAUAGUAAUAAUUCUAUAGAAUUCGAACCACCUAGUAUUGGUACUAUACCCGAACCACCGGGAAUACAGAAAAUAGGAAUUAAUGAUAAAGGAUUAAAUAAUUAUCAAGUUAAUUUACUUUUUAAAAAUUUAAGAAGAUUAGCUCCGAAUCAAAGAAGAGCCGCGCUUGAAAUAAUACAAGAUGACUUGGGUAUAUUAGCAGAAAAUCAUAUGUUUGAUAAAUUUUUCACUUUUGAUACUGAUUUAUUAUCUAUAGAAAAACAGAAAAGAAUAUUUUUAUACAUUAACCAUAUGGGUAGAAUUAAUUUAGAACAGUAUAAAGCUUCUUUAAUAUCUUCUGAACAAAUUCCUAAUUGCAAUAUUGCAAAAGGAAAAAUACCCAUGAAGAAUAUUAACAACAACAAAAAUUACAUGAAUAAUAAUAAUAAUAAUGAUCAUUAUGAUAAACGAAGAGCUAAUAGAUAUAUAUCAUCGUCAUCUAAUUCUUCCGAUUCAUCAUCGUCAAAUUCGUCUGACUCAUCUACCUUUUCAACAUCAAGUGAUGACGACAGUGAUACAGAUAGCGAUUCUGAUAUGGAUUCAGAUUCCUAUGAUAAAAAAAAGGUAAAAAGGCAGUUACCAAGUGAUAAAAAAAAAGAAAUGGCAAAUAAUUUUUUAGAUAAUAGAAGAAAAUCGUUACCACAGUACAAACCAGUAGAUGAAAAUAAAAAAAAUUUAGAAAUUAGAGAAGAUGUUAUGGGGAUGCAUGCAGAUUUUUUAGCAUCUAUGGACACACCAAAAAAUCCCCAAAAAAAUCGUAAAAACUCAGGCUCUGCUUGGCCUGAGUGGAAAGGACAAGUUAUUCAACAAGCCAUUUUGACUCAACAUCAGACAAAUGUUCCUAUAAACAAAAAGGAACUAAUAGCUGAGGGUUAUGACGCAAAAAUAUAG